CCUCUUGCCACGGUCAAAGUCUCGCGCGACGGCCAGCAGAGGGUACUCUGCCAUUGCUCUGCCAACCUCCACGAACGGUGGGCACGGGCUGUUCACUGCAGUCGACAAGCGCGCUGCGAGACAAAGCAUUUGAUUGAUAGCACCCGACAUUGAAGGACGGCGGCUGUGUGGAGUCGUGCGCACCAGCUCUGCGAGUCUCAGCUGCCCAACAGCUGCCUGUGAGACGGCGCGUCUCUGCCCUUCCUUCUUUCAUUCUACCUUCGUUCUUCAUGGACUCCCCGUCGGUCCUUGUCGUACCCGCAACCCCCAUCGAUCCCUCCAGGACGCUCGUCUCGCCCCCGCCAUCCUCGGCUGCGACGACGCCCGACCUCUCCGUCGACGACUCCAGUCAGGAACGCGCCUCCUCCGAAACGACCAUCGUCACGAUCUAUUCUAUGUACGAGGACGACGAGGGCAGCUGGUCUGCCUCUCCGUCCGUGCUACACCCGGGCAAGGACACAGCUGUGGAUGUAGCUGUCUUGGGUGUCGACCGCAGGAGCACGACCCCGCGGUGGAGUAGGCCGGUCGAGGAUAGUGCGUACUUUGAACAAGAGCCCUUCAAGCGGGCCAGCGUGGUGGACAAGAUGCGACACUCCGUCGUGUCUAACGGCUCGGUCCAGCUUGCCUACGCGGAACGCCCCCCGUCAAGCCAGGCGCGCUCGUCAAAGACGUCUUACGCUGACGCGCGCCAUCUGUCCAACGGCUCUGCACAACCUUCGGCCCCAGACAGUCGGCGGACGUCCAGCUAUGCUACUGCCAGCGACGGCACCCCGCGGGUAGUGUCCUAUGCGUCCCUAUCUGCGUCGAAUAGUCGGCCGACAUCUAGUCAAGCCACCUCGUCCCUACAACCUCCCACACGACCGCGCUCUACCUCCCCGCAUCUUGCGGCCGUAUCCACACCGCCUCCACAAGCGCUGUCCGUCCUCGCAACGCCCCCACGGUCAUCUCCGUCCCGCCUCCCGUCUUCUCCCAGCUCACCAUCAAGUGCGACAUCAAUCACGCCCGCACCGGACGAAGAACCAGAUGCAUUUCACGUGCGCUCUACUUACGCGCAGCUCGAUGUAUGCGGCGUGCGUGGUGACGGGUACGAGGAGGGCGUAGAGCGGACGCGAGCACGGGUCGGGGGCAGCCGCGCGAGCGAGCUGCGGGCACUGGAGGCCCUUGCGGAUGCGCAGGAGAAGACGCGCGAGCUUACACCGCAGGAGGUGAGCUUGCUUGCGAGUCUUGAUCGCUAUGGUUUCUACGUGACACCGUCUCAUGACCGGUGCAUACUACUCCCCUCUGUGCCUCUGCUGAAGGCUCUCACGCGGCUCGGCUCGGCGCAUACAGGCGGGCCUCCAAGUCCACCGCUGCUAUCGUCUCAGCCAUCGUUGGCACCACCGCCGAAUGAGAAGGCACGGGUAGCGAAGUGGGGACGGAUGCUUGAGGCGCGUGAACGCGAUCCGGGGUCUAACGUUGAGGCGUGGGGUAUACGUGCGUCGAAGGAUCAUAAGCUACGGCAGCGGACCUUCAAGGGUAUCCCGGACUGUUGGAGAAGUGCUGCUUGGGACACGCUGAUGUGCAGGUUCUCACGGCAUGGCAAGACGGAGACUCGUGCACUCUCACUGGAGUUCAGGGAAGCCCUCGAUCGGCCGUCGACAUAUGAUGUGCAAAUUGACUUGGACGUGCCGCGGACGAUUAGUGGCCAUGUCAUGUUCCGUACGAGAUACGGCCAAGGACAACGAUCACUAUUUCAAGUCCUUCAUUCUUUCUCACUGCGCUGCGAAACCUGCGGAUAUUGCCAAGGCAUGGGCCCUAUAGCAGCGACCCUUCUGUGCUAUUUCGAGCCCGAGCGCGUCUACGCGUCGCUCGUGCGCUUACACGACGCCUACCAAAUGCACACGAUCUUCAGUCCGGGGUUCCCCGGCUUGCUCGAGGCGAUAUACGUGCAAGAGCGGAUCAUGGAGCAGCUCCUGCCGCCCGUGUACGCCGCUUUCAAGAAGCACAUGAUAUCGACGACUUCGUAUGCGACCAAGUGGUACAUCACGCUCUUCGCGAACUCGGUGCCGUUCCAGACGCAGCUCCGGUUGUGGGAUGCGUUCCUCCUGGAGGGCCACGACAUCUUCGUGGUGGUUGCUGUGGCGAUUGUGUGGGUGUACAGGGAUCACAUCACGUCUGCCUCGGCAAGUUUUGAGACUGUGCUUUCGUUGCUGUCUUCUUUCUUCGUCCCUGAGGAUGAGAAUGCGCUCCUUUCGUGGAUAGAGAAGGUGGUCGCCGACAAGAAGCUGCGCUCGAGUAUGCGGCAGUGGCGACAAGACUGGCAGCGGCUAGUCGAGUCAGGCCAGCAGGAUUCGGCGCUGCUCUAGGCGAGGCGAAUUGCGGCGCAGUGCUGCAACUGCAUGUCGCGUAGGUGUUGAUGAGUCGUCGGUGUUUUCUCUGCUUUCCAGUCCGAGUGUUGGCCGUAUCAUUAUACCGUCGGAUUUCUGGACAGUUUGUUCGCAGCGCUCGGUCUGUCUGUUCUGUGUGAUUUGUGUUAUACCUUUCACGCUCUCUCUCCUCUUUUGACUAUCCCAUUUGAUAUCCGCAUAGUAGUCGCCUCGCAUCACGGACGUCCAUGUCAGGUGCUAAUCCCGGUCUCGCGUCACAGUACAGUACACCCAUCACUUUUCGCAUCGUUGUUCGCAAUCCGCAUCCAUGUAUCGCAUGUGCAAUGAAACGUAUGUUCUGCUGGAAA